AUGUUUGCACCAAGAGGCAAGGGCUACGACUCCGAUUCGGAGGACGAGAGCCAGAAUUUUACACCCAGCCCAGGUACUUCCUCCAGCGUUGUCGCGUUACAGUCAGCAGGACGCGCUAGGAAGGAAAAGCCAUCUCUGGGUGCGGGCGGCAACAAUGCCGAUGAUAAGAAGAAGAAGAAGAUCAAGCUGCCGCCGCAGCACAGCAUCGACAAGAUCUGGGAGCGCUUCUCCAAGAAGACUUUUACCAAAGCCCUGAGCAUCUUGCCUUUUGAGCCAGUGCCUGCGUCGACGUCGUCAGAGCGGGCAAACGAGCUUCUGUGGGCUGGCUACGAGAGGGCGGCGGACGAGUGUAGGCGCAAGGUGCGCAAGAUCAUCCAGGAGUGCAAGAGGGUCAAUCAGAGAUAUAGGGAUCCUGGGUUCGACCUGGACUGGGAUCUCAAAUGGGAAAAGGGAAACACACUCAAUUAUCUUGGAAAGACCAAAUUCGCUCUCAACACGUCGACUCUCCAGGAUCCGAGCUCAACGGUGCCAAAAGCCGUUAAGCGUGUGCAUGAAAUAUUUGAGAACCCGACAUUCAUGAAAAAUGUCAACGGAUCCGACGUCAAGCAGGGCGGAUUGGGCGACUGCUGGCUGAUGGCCAGCAUGAGCGGCCUGGCGAACGUGGAGGGCGCCAUCCAAAGGACCUGUGUCGAGUACAACACUCGUAUUGGUAUCUAUGGUUUCGUGUUUUACAGAGAUGGCGAGUGGAUCUACUCAAUAAUUGACGAUAAGCUCUUCCUCAAGUCGCCAAAUUGGGACAACAGGAGCAUGCAGCGCGAUCUUUUACAGCAGAUCGAGCGCGAAGAAGCAGAGAUGGUGUACCGCAAGACGUACCAAACCGGCUCCAAGGCCCUAUUCUUUGGCCAAAAUAAGGACCAGAACGAGACCUGGGUGCCGCUUUUGGAAAAAGCUUACGCCAAGGCCCAUGGAGAUUACGCAUCCCUGGCUGGGGGUUGGAUCGGCGAGGGUCUUGAGGAUCUGAGCAGCGGUGUGACGACCGAGUUGCUGACCUCGGACAUUCUCGACACCGACGUUUUCUGGGACAACGAGCUGAACAACAGCAACAAGGAGUUCCUCUUUGGGUGCUCGACCGGUCUGCUGGACGGCGGCACGGGUACUAGGGAUGGCAUCCAAGAGCGACACGCCUACAACGUUGUUGAGACGCGGACCCUCAAAGAUGGCACCCGGUUGGUCAAACUUCGUAACCCCUGGGGCGCCAAGGGGCGGGGAAUCUGGGAAGGAGCAUAUUCGGACGGAUCCAAGGAGUGGAAUCGGCAAGUGCAAGAGGAGCUGGGUCACUCCUUUGGCAGCGACUCUGUCUUUUGGAUCACGUACGACGACCUCCUCCGCAAGUUCCAACAUGUCGAUCGCACGCGCCUGUUCCGCGACCCGGACUGGCGCGUCAGCCAGCGUUGGAUUGGCGUCGACGUGCCGUGGCGCGCCCAGUAUCAUGAAAAGUUCCACGUCAAGCUGACUCGGGACUCGCCGCUGGUGCUGGUGCUGUCCCAGCUCGACGACCGCUACUUCAAGGGCCUGCGCGGUCAGUACGUCUUUGACCUGCACUUUCGCGUGCACGAGCAGGGGCGGCCCGACGCAGAGGACUACAUCGUCCGCUCGCACGCAAACUACCUCAUGGAGCGGUCCGUCGGUGUCGAGCUGCCCGACAUGGCAGCAGGCAACUACAGCAUAUGGAUCUGCGUCAGCGGCGAGCGGCUCAAUGGCUCGUCGAGCGUCGAGGAGGUCGUCGCGAGGGAGUGUCGCGCUCGCGUCGAGAACGAGAAGCUCGCACAGGUCGGCAGGGCCUACGAUUUUGCUCACAGCAAGGCGGCGGCCCACCUGGCCGAGGUGGCACGGCAGCGCCGGGCCUGCGAUCACUCCAAGGCUGACGAGGAGCGCAAGAAAGAGAGGAAGACCAAUUGGGAGAGGAGGCGGCUGCAGACUGUCGUGCACAAGAAGCAGAGGGAUAAGAACCUGGCCAAGAGGGAGCGCAGAAAAAAGGAGAGAAGGGAGGCCGCCGAGAAGAAGAAGGCUGAGGAGGAAGCCGCAAAAUUAGCGGCUGAGCCCAAGGUGGAUGAUAACAAGGCGGAUGAUGCGAAGAAGGAUGGCAAGGAUAAAAGCCAAACUGAGGACAAACCUACGGCAGAGACCACCGGCACCCCAGCAGCAGACGAACCCAAGACAGCAAACGAGGCCGAAGUAGUGGGAACCGCCACAAAAGCUGACAAGCCAGCCGAAGAGCCAGCCCCCGAUACAGAGAAGCAAGCUGUCGACUCAAAGCCAACGUACAUCGACGUCGCGACCGACGCCUCUCCCGACUCAGAAUGCAAGCAAGACGCGGAAAGUACCACAUCCAGCGACAGCUCGCCUCAAGACACGCCCAUGGACACCCCCCAGAGCGAAAAGUCAGACACAGUCACCCCAGGGCCCGACGCCGACAACGGCAGCGAAAAAGUGCCAGUACCACCGGUGACAGGCGGCCCUCCACCGGAGCCCGAGUCGACCGACGCCAGCGCCAACACCACAUCCUCCACCCUGCCAAUCGUCUGCCAAUACCACAAGGACCAGCAGGCCGAAGCCCAGAAGCAGCUACUGGCCGCUCAAGAAGAACAAAAGAAGCUGGAGCAGCAACGACAACAGCAGGAGCAACAGCAACAACAGCAACAAGCCCAAAACCAGCGCGACCCCUACUCGGAGGACGACUCGUCCGACUCUCCGGUCAGCGACUGGGACGACCUCUUUGACUCGUCCGACGACGACACGGCCAACCCCAAGGUCCAGCUGCGGGAGCUGACGGCUGCCGCCCAGGCCGCGGGCCUGCCGAACCCGGUGCUGGUCGACGUCGACGAGACAGACAAUGAGGACGCGCGCGCCGAGCCCUGGAACGCCGUCUGCGUCGUCGGGUUCAGGGUUUACAGCAAGGACGAGGCGCUUGAGCUGAGGGUCGUCAUGGAGGGCGGCGAACUGUCCGAGGGCGGCAUGGGCGAAAAGGGGCAGAUGGAUCUCGACGACGCCAUGAACAACGCCGGCGGGGCCAGGAGCGAAGUCAAGAAGGACGAGGCCAGCAAAGAGGACGGUGGUGGGGAGUUGGCCAAGUACGCCACCAUUGUAAGCAAGGACGGCGAGGAGUACGAGAAGGCUGCGGUGCCGCCUGUUUCUACUAAGAAUGGAGAGGACAAAUCAUGA